AUGACUGACUAUAAGUAUGAAAAUGAGAAUUUUAACUCAGUUCUUGAACUGUCUAGACUCCACAUUUUAAGCAGUUUAAGUUUAUCUCAAAUAGAGACUAGUAUUUAAAGGAAUAUUAAGAAACAAGAGAUUUACUUGAAAAACGCUUUCUUACUAGCCUCAAACUAGCUUCAUAAAUUAUAAUAGAAUGAAGCUAUAACAAAAAAUGAUGAAAUUCUCAUCUUUUUCAAGAAGCAACUAACUUUAUUACAGGUUUUUACCCUUCAAAAACUUUCUUACCUAUAAAGGUAUCAAAAGUAAUUCUAAAUCCCCUUAUUAAGAGUACUUAGUAAAUAUGAAACCAUAGCUAUUGAUUAGUUCAAAUCCAGCAGAUUCUAGGAAUCGUUUAGACUUUCCUGUCAACUUAUUAACCUUCUUAAGAAGUCUUUAGAUGAAAAUACUUAGCCUGACAUCUCCGUAGACUUAAUUAUACCCAGUCCUUUAGACUCACUUUAUAAAAGAUCAAGAUCUCUCUCUUAGUUGGGUUACUCUUCGUUGAAGUCUACUUAAGCAAGCACAUAAUUAAUGAUCAAUGGAGGAGAAUAAACUCCCAAUAGACUAAGUUUUUAUCCUAAACAGUAAUACAAUAUCAACUCACCUUAAUAAGAAUAAAUCCCAAUGCAAAUACAAGUAAAGAAACCUGGCGGGUCCCCUGAUAAAUCAGUGAUUAGUCCUACAGCAAAAUUAUUAAAGAAUCUUGAGAAAAAACUAACUGACAAGAAAUACCAGACAUUAAGAAAAAGUGAUAGAAUUCAAAAGCAUUAGCCCAUUCCUUAAUCAAAUGAAAUGCCUCAAUACCAAUUGCUUAAACCUUAGUCAUCCCAAAAGGAGUGCAAACUUCAAAGAUAGAGAAGUAUUUCAAAUGAUAAAUUUUAAUGUUAACAGCAACGAUAUGUAAUGAAUGACAAGCAUGCAAUAUUGAGAUAUGUGAAGUAACCUCGAACUAGAGAUGUGACUCCAAUUAUGAAAGUUAACUAUUUUUCGCAGCUAAGAGAAUGCUGA